AUGAGCUACGUUUUUGCUUUUCUGCUGAUUGCAAGUCUGACCCUUUAUAGAGAUGCGAGCACAGCUUCGAAUUGUGCAGCGCCAUCUCCUCGCCUGUCCACCUUCCUCUACAUGUUGAGCGGGUACUACAGCGCCAUCAAGAUGGUCAAGAAGGACAUCCUGUUUGAUGAGGACGUCAUCCAUGACGUCAUGAACGUCACCUACACCCCCAUCCAGCUAGACGUUCUACUGCCCGACUGUGUGUUUCUGUUGGAGGAAGAUAUCAACGGCAAGGUGUUCAGGCUGCAGGUUUUGAGAAUCUCUGAAGAUGACAUGGGCUUGAUCCGUAUACAGCCGUACAAUUUUACUGACCCCUCUAAGUACAGACCUCGUCAGUUUGACCUAGCCACACUGAAUGACCUAAAGAUGGAGGACCUACACACUAGGGACGAGUGCGAUGUCGUCUUUAAACAAAUAGACGACACCGUCUUUGUUGGGACCUGGCCGGACUGUUCUCGGAUGGACGAGUAUGGGCAACAUCCUAAGUACCCUGUCACAUAUUCAUGCAACGCGUUCGCCGCACUGAUCUACUGGCGGGAGUCACGUGAACAAGACAACGCGGUACCUUAUGACAACAAAAGGCUGGCCUGGUUUCCACUGUUGCCCUACAUGACAAGUGGAGCUGUGAACUUUCAGCCGCCAUGCAAAUUUUAGUGACGUCAUUACACACAGAAUCAUUUACUGAUCAACAUACUGGCGUUUUAAGAAUUUAUG